GGGCGCGUUCCGAGGAAAUUGGGGACUCUAGUUUCCCGGGAAAGAGGCGCCGCCCGAGACGAGCGAGGGUGAACGGGGCCAGCCUGAGGGGACCCGGGCGCACCCCGCGCCUCGCUUUGACCUUGGCCGGGGCGGGGAGGGGCCCGGCCCUUGCGGGGCAGCCGCCGCCCGCCAGAGGGGGCAGCGGCGACCAACUUGCAGAACUUGGCGCGGGCUGGGGCGGCUCCGGCGCCUCCUCCUCCCGCUCCGGCCGCGCCUCCUUCUCGGUCCUCCUCCUCCGGUCCGCCGCCGCCGGCCCCGCUGCGCGCCCAGCCCUGCCCCGCAGCCCCGCGCGCCGCCGAGUCGCUGAGCCGCUGUCGCCGGACGGGACGGGCCCGGCCCAGCGCGCCCCCCAAGCCCCACCGCGGGCAUGGGCGCGCUGGCCCGGGCGCUGCUGCUGCCGCUGCUGGCUCAGUGGCUCCUACGAGCGGCCCCGGCGCUGGCCUCCGCGCCCUUCACGCUGCCUCUCCGGGUGGCCUCGGCCACGAGCCGGGGGGCUGUGCCUACCCCGGGGCCCGGACCCCCCGCUAAGCCCCGCGCGGACGGCCUGGCGCUCGCCCUGGAGCCCGCUGGGGGUGCGGCCAACUUCUUGGCUAUGGUGGAUAACCUGCAGGGGGACUCCGGCCGCGGCUACUACCUGGAGAUGCAGAUCGGGACCCCCCCGCAGAAGCUGCAGAUACUCGUUGACACCGGAAGCAGCAACUUUGCCGUGGCUGGGGCCCCGCAUCCCUAUAUCGACUCUUACUUUGAUGCGGAGAGGUCCAGCACGUACCGCCCCAAGGGUUUUGAUGUCACUGUGAAGUACACGCAGGGGAGCUGGACCGGCUUUGUUGGGGAGGACGUGGUCACCAUCCCCAAAGGCUUCAACAGUUCUUUUCUUGUCAACAUCGCCACCAUAUUUGAGUCAGAGAAUUUCUUUCUGCCUGGGAUUAGAUGGAAUGGGAUACUUGGACUGGCUUAUGCUACCCUGGCCAAGCCUUCAAGUUCUCUGGAGACCUUCUUUGAUUCCCUCGUGGCACAAGCAAAAAUCCCCAACAUCUUCUCCAUGCAGAUGUGUGGGGCCGGACUGCCAGUAGCUGGAUCUGGUACCAACGGAGGUAGUCUUGUCCUAGGUGGAAUUGAACCAACUUUGUACAAAGGAGACAUCUGGUACACCCCUAUUAAGGAGGAGUGGUAUUAUCAGAUAGAAAUUCUAAAAUUGGAAAUCGGAGGCCAGAGCCUUAAUCUGGACUGCAGAGAGUACAAUGCAGACAAGGCCAUCGUGGACAGUGGCACCACGCUGCUGCGCCUGCCCCAGAAGGUGUUUGACGCCGUGGUGGAGGCUGUGGCCCGCACGUCUCUGAUUCCAGAAUUCUCUGAAGGUUUCUGGACUGGUUCCCAGCUGGCAUGCUGGACGAAUUCUGAAACACCUUGGUCUUAUUUCCCUAAAAUCUCCAUCUACCUGAGAGACGAGAACUCCAGCAGAUCAUUCCGUAUAACUAUCCUGCCUCAGCUUUACAUUCAGCCCAUGAUGGGGGCUGGCCUGAAUUAUGAAUGUUACCGGUUCGGCAUCUCGCCUUCCACCAACGCACUGGUGAUUGGUGCUACUGUCAUGGAGGGCUUCUACGUGGUCUUUGACAGAGCUCGGAAGAGAGUGGGCUUCGCAGCCAGCCCCUGUGCAGAAAUUGCAGGUGCUCCGGUGUCUGAAAUUUCUGGGCCUUUCUCAACAGAGGACAUAGCCAGCAACUGCGUCCCUGCCCUGCCGUUGAACGAGCCCAUUUUGUGGAUCGUCUCCUAUACUCUCAUGAGCGUGUGUGGACUCAUCCUUCUUGUUUUAAUCACCCUGCUGCUACUUCCGGUCCGGUGUAGGCAUCACCCCCGAGAUCCCGAGGUGGUCAACGAUGAGUCCUCGCUCGUACGGCAUCGCUGGAAAUGAAGAGAAAAGCCUAGUGACCGUGAACUCAACAAUUAAGACGAUUCAGUGCAGCAGGCAGGGGUUAUAAGGCAAGGCUUCUUCCUGUGCGCACUAGUCUUAAAUUUCUGUUUUGCUCCCAGAUGCCUUCCAGAUUCACUGUAUUUUGAUUCUCAACUUUACAGCUUCCUCUUUCUCCCCUACUUCCGAGGAAAAUGAUAAUAAAAAAGCACCUCAUUCUUAA